CUGCUCCACAAGGCCGUGAAUGAGGAAGUUCAGCAGAGACCGAAUAACAGCAGUCAAAACCCUCAUCGAAACUCUCAUUUUUGAACGGAACCAAACUUCAACAAUGGCUCAAGCAGAUAUUGCUCUCAUUGGUCUAGCUGUGAUGGGUCAGAAUCUGAUCCUGAACAUGAAUGACCAUGGAUUUGUGGUCUGUGCAUUCAACAGAACCGUCUCCAAAGUCCAUGACUUCUUAAACAAUGAAGCCAAAGGCACUAAGGUGAUCGGGGCCGAAUCCCUUAAAGACAUGGUGUCAAAACUCAAAAAACCUUGCCGCAUCAUCCUGCUGGUCAAGGCAGGACAGGCUGUUGAUGACUUCAUCGAUAAACUGGUUCCUCUUCUUGAGCCUGGAGACAUCAUCAUUGAUGGUGGAAAUUCAGAGUACAGAGAUACAACGAGACGUUGUAAGAGCCUGAAGGAGAAGAAUCUUCUGUUUGUGGGUAGUGGAGUAAGUGGAGGAGAAGAUGGGGCACGUUACGGACCCUCGCUGAUGCCCGGAGGACAUAAAGAUGCCUGGCCACACUUAAAAGACAUUUUUCAGAGCAUUGCUGCCAAAGUGGGCACCGGAGAGCCGUGCUGCGACUGGGUUGGAGAUGAAGGAGCGGGUCAUUUUGUUAAAAUGGUCCACAACGGUAUUGAAUACGGGGACAUGCAGCUGAUCUGUGAGGCCUAUCAUCUGAUGAAGGACGUGCUUUGUAUGAACCAUGAUGAAAUGGCUCAGGUCUUCGAACAGUGGAAUAAGACAGAGCUGGACUCCUUCCUCAUCGAGAUCACAGCCAACAUCCUAAAAUUCAAGGACGCAGACGGCACUAACCUGCUGCCCAAAAUUAGAGACAGCGCCGGGCAGAAGGGCACAGGGAAAUGGACGGCUAUCUCUGCUCUGGAAUACGGCACACCUGUCACACUGAUCGGGGAAGCUGUCUUUGCCAGAUGCCUCUCGUCUCUGAAGGAUGAAAGAGUUCAGGCCAGUAAGAGCCUCAGCGGCCCUCAGGGUGUCAAGUUCACUGGAAACAAAGCACAGUUCCUUGAAGACAUUAGAAAGGCCUUGUAUGCCUCUAAGAUCAUUUCGUAUGCUCAAGGCUUCAUGCUGCUGCGUCAGGCUGCGCUGGAGUUCGGCUGGUCUCUGAAUUAUGGUGCUAUUGCUCUGAUGUGGAGAGGAGGCUGCAUCAUCCGCAGUGUUUUCUUGGGAAAGAUCAAGGAAGCGUUUGACCGGAACCCAGAGCUGCAGAGUUUGUUGCUGGACAGCUUCUUCAGUAAGGCUGUACAGGAUUGUCAGGACUCGUGGCGUAGGGUUGUGAGUACAGGUGUGCAGCAGGGAAUCCCCAUGCCCAGUUUCACCACCGCACUGUCCUUCUAUGACGGUUACAGACACGAGAUGCUCCCAGCAAACCUGCUGCAGGCACAGAGAGACUACUUUGGUGCGCACACGUAUGAGCUGCUAUCAAACCCUGGGACUUUCAUCCACACUAACUGGACAGGACACGGUGGGAAAGUGUCAUCUUCAUCCUAUAAUGCCUAAAAUCAAGAAGCCACCAUUGGUAAAACAGCAGACAACAUCCCCUCUUGAUGAAGGACCAGAGCAGCUGAUCACAUUCCUGCAGAAGAGCUGGAGUUCUUACUGAAUGAGUGUUCAAACACACAUUUCUAUUUAUACUAGAUCAUAGUAUACACACUAUUUGUACACUUUCGUUCUUGUAGUUUUAAGGUGCACUGUUGCAAACACACUAUCUUCGAGUGUGUGAGAUUUUUCCUGCUGUAAACCAGUCAUACUUUGCCCCCAGAGUUCACAGCGUUAACCCUGGAUUACGGGUGACUAUUGCACUGCAUUAGGCUAAAUAAAGAUUUCAAUCCCUUUUUAA